AUGGCUGGACCUACAUCUCCCAGCGCUGACGGUCCCACGUUUGCCCCGCCACAACUCCCCGCAGGCUGGAUCGCUCAGUGGGAUGGCGCGAGCAAGAAAUACUACUAUGUGCAGUUAUCGACGGGAGUUUCGCAAUGGGAGAUUCCCACGCAGGCUGUCCAGACCGGCAAUACGCCUGCUCAGCAGGCAGAGCACCCAUACGGUACUCCUCAGCCAGAGGUCAUCACCCAUCCUGACGGCAGCCAGACAAUUCGGCACUCCGACGGCACCAUGGAGCCCAUUUUGCCUCCUGGCUUGAACGCUCCCGGCAAUGGCCCAACCGGCGACCGUGGUCUAGGUUCUAUGGCGAUGAACGCCCUGAUGGGCGGCGGCAAGAACUCCGGCGGUAACCACGGCUCCUCCUCCUCGAAUCCCCUUGGCGGUCUAGCGAGCUCCUUUCUUUCGGGCGGACACGGAAACAGCGGUUCACACGGUAGCAACCAGGCUCAUAGUUCAAGCCCGCUGUCUGGCAUCGCCAGCUCCCUGCUUGGUGGUGGUAGCAACUCGUCUGGUCACAACAGCGGUGGUAAGAACUCCGGCGCUGGAAAGCUUGUUGGACAGCUCGCAUCGAGUCUGCUCUCCUCGAACAGCAGCAGCAAACCUCAACAACCGCAAAACUAUCACGGUAGCCAAUCUUCUGGCCAGUCGUCCCAACAUCACGGUCUCGCAGGCGCCAUGAUGGGCGGCGUGGCCAAUCUGAUGGGUGGAAAACCCCAUGGCAACAGCAAUCAGAACUUCGGCUAUUCGAACUCAGGUACAGGCGGUGGUUAUUCUGGACAAGCACCCACGUACCAGCCACCAGGUGGUGCCCCCCCUUCCUCCUCCUCCGGGCAAUCCUAUCAGUCGCCUGCUCCCAACCAACAACAGCAAAGCGGCGGCAAUCACAAUCAAUACGCACCACCAACUGGCGCCCCGCCGCAAGGCUACUACACGCCCCCCAACCAGCCGCCACAUGGUACUCCUCAAGGCCAGUCGCCCUAUGGUGGAUAUUCUCACAGCCCCCAACCGCCCUCAGGUGGCCCUGGUGCGCCUUACUCUCAAGGACAACAAAACUAUGGAGCACCUCAGCAUGCGCCUCCCCAAGGAGGCCCCCCCCAAUACGCUCCUCCAGCUGGUGGUUAUGGCAAUGCCUACCCCGGUGGCCAGCACGGCCAGGGAAACUAUGGCGGGCAACCUCCAUACGGUCAGCAACCCGCACAGGGAUACGGCGCUCCUCAUUACUGA